CUACCUUCUACAACUACUCCACCACAAGGUUGUUUUUCGACGAACUUCCAGUAGAUCUUUACAUAUUCCCAAACUUUCUUUCCAUCGCUCCAUUUGCACGCGUAAAGAUUGCAAUGAAUAAGUUUCGCUUUGGCGACUCGGACGAGUCUACCUCCGACCUCGACGACGAUACCUCCGGACUCCCUUUUCCAGAGCCCCUGUCCCGUUCCUCCUUCCUCGCCCCCGACUUUGACCCCGCAAAGUACCUGUCCUCCCUGACAAACCGCCAUCAGAGCCUUGAAGACCUACGGCAGGAAUUGCGCGACUUGGACCAACUGCUUAGUCGGGAGUUACUGGACCUGGUGAAUGAGAAUUACCAGGAUUUUUUGUCGCUUGGGAUUGCACUGCGGGGAGGGGAAGAGAAGGUAGAGCAAGUUCGAGUUGGACUGUUGACGUUCCAACGGGAUGUCCAGUCCAUCCGCGAUAAGGUUGACGCCCGGUAUCGAGAGGUAGAGCAACUAGUGGAAGAGAAGAAGCGCCUACGGAAGAAUGCAAAUGUUGGGAGAGCGUUGUUGGAUUACGCCGAUCGGGUUGACGAACUAGAAAGGAAACUGAUGAUUGGAGACACCACACCUGUGCGCCAAGGCGACGCUGCUAAGGAUCUCGAUACGGAUUCCGAUCUACUGGACAGUGAAAGCGAGGAGAGUGAAGAUGAAGCGAUCCCGAACGGCGCAUCAGCCACGCCCCUGGUAUCACUGAAGAGGCUCGAGCAUCACAUUCAAAAAUAUGUAUACUUGACAAGAUUGUCGUCGCGGAUAGGUGACGAUCAUCCAUUCCUGGUCAGUCAACAGCCACGACUGUUGAAAAUUAGAUCUGCAGUACUCUUGGACCUUAAAACUGCGCUCGAACAAGCGAAGAUCGCGGGCGAGAAACGGGAUACAAAAACGCUGGCCGUAUUGCGUCUCUACAAACUCAUGGGGGAGGACACCAGUGCAGUAUCUGCACUGAAGAAUCUGAAAAUAUAGAACCUGUCCGGUACAUGAACCAGGCUUUUGCAUAGCGUUGGCGUUUGGGGUGUUGGGUUCUCCAGGAAUAUAUGAAACAAUACCAUUAUACACCGUGUCCUUCCUAAUAUAACAUAAUUUGUACACCCAAAAACGCACGGA